AUGGCCGAAACCACCGCGGCAAACGGGGAUUCCCGCGACCUGGAGGCCGACGCGCCUCCAGCGCAACCCUCUGUCCUCCAGCGCUGGAAUCAGCCCGUCAACACCAAAUACACGGAUCUGAUCUGUCUGCUGCUGUGUAUGAACACGGGUCUCUGCGACAGCGCCGCCUACAAUGCCUGGUCCUGUUUCCUGGCCAUGCAGACCGGAAACACCAUCUUCCUCGGUCUGGGAGCCUCCGGGCAGCCGACGGGGAAACCAUGGGGCUGGUUGAAGUCACUGGUGUCCAUCGCGUCGUUCUUCAUCGGCGCCUUUAUUUUCUCCAACGUGACUCGUCGCGUCGGAGCCCGCCGACGCGGCACGCUCUUCGUCUCGUUCAUGAUCCAGGCAGUCCUGAUUGUCAUCGCCGUGGCUCUCAUCGAGGCGGAUCUCAUCCCGCACACGUCGGGCGACACGAAGUUGACGGGCGGCCCGCUCUUCCUCGAACUCAUCCCCAUCGCGCUGCUGGCGUUCCAGUCCGCCGGAUCCAUCACCUCCAGCCGCUCGCUCGGCUACAACGAGAUCCCCACCGUCGUGCUGACGAGCGUCUACUUUGAUGUCGCCUCGGACCCCAAGCUCGCCGAUGUGCCCACCACCAACCCCAAGCGCAACCGUCGCAUCGGCGGCGUCGUCAUGCUCCUGGUCGGCGCGAUUAUUGGCGGCUGGCUGAGCCGCAGCAGCGGGGGUAUGCAGUCCGCGCUGUGGAUGGCCGCGGGCUUCAAGUUUCUCAUCGGGUUUAUGUGGCUGGUGUGGAAGGGAGAGACGCCGGCUAAGGCGUAG